CAAUACUACUGCAACGAGAAUGCAUCAACGUUGUAGUUAAGUUUAAGAUCCAAACUUAAACAAUAUGACAACGUUGUCCCAUUGCUAGCUUGUAGUUCAAAUUUUCCCAAAUACGCUACGGACUACGGAUUGAUCAUUCCAAACGGAAGCUAUGCUCUCACCGCAGGCCACUGUGUACAAUGCAGUUGUGUACUCGGAAGCCACAGUAUGUAUUGUGAGCCUGCUUCUUUAGCAGUCUCUUGUUCGAGUAUGCGAUGUAGAAACAGCAAUUUCAUGCUCGGGAACAUCUCUUCGCAGUAGAGUAGCUCGGGUUGUAAACUUACUACUUGUAAUUACAAUGGUUUCGUUAGCGGCACUAUCUUGACCACAUGGCUCUACGAUCCCGUGAUAUGGCAUCUCCGCUACCCCUUGAAUCCCAUGGAUCUGCUACACCGGCUCCAAACCUUGGCAUAUCCUUCACCGACGAGGAUCUCCUUCUGCCGUUGGCCCAGAGAAGAAACCUCCGUCUCCAUCCCCAUUGCCAUUGCUGGUCCAAGCUUCCUUCAGAUCUAAUACAAUUGGUAUUCGACCGCCUUGGUUUUGCAGAUUUCCAACGAGCUAAGUGCGUGUGUUCGUCAUGGAGAUCAGUUUCGAGAAAGUCUCAGCCAAAUAACCAAAUCCCUUGGAUGAUUCGAUUCCCAAAGGGCAACGGCUACGAUUACUGUCUCUUGUUCAACCCUGAAGAAAAAGACAAGAUGUACAAAACACCAAAUCUCGGCAACGAUUUCACCAAGAACGUUUGUGUGGCGACUUAUAAAAGCUGGUUUCUGAUGCAACCAAAAUACAAACACAUAGAUGAAGACUGUAGAUUGAAUCUAUACAUUCUUGAUCUUUUAACACGGGAGAGAAUCAAUCUACCGACCUUCGUAUCAGGGUGUGGACUCAUAUGUUCAAUACUUUGGAUCGAUGAAAAAACCAAAGAUCACCUAGUUAUUGGAAUGUCUGAAGAAGAUCAUGCCAUUUCUUUCAAGAGAGGAGACAAUUCGUGGAAACAAAUCCCAUCCUUGUCAGGUAUCGAGGAGUGUUUUAGCAUGGUUUUCAAGGAUCAUAAGCUCUACUGUCUCAACUUUGGUAAACUCAAGGUCUUCGAUUUUUCUGGAGAUACUCCGUUCAGAGUUUUCAAAACCAGCGUAAGUGACUUCUUACAACCACCGAGACCUUUUGGUAUGAGGAUGCCUGGAACUUCAUGGAAGGACAACGUGGUUCACUCAAAGAAUAAAGUAGUUGUCACGCUAGCCGGAGAUGUCUUAAUCGUUAAGUGUCGUCGUCCGAAUGUGUCCAAAAUAUGGGAGUUUAAAAUCUACAAGAUGGUUGGGAACAACCAGUGGGAGGAAAUUUAUUCUUUGGGAGACGAGGCCAUUCUUUUGGAUUUGGGUAUCACACUGCUCGCCAAGGACAUGGAGGGAAUCCAGAAGAAUUCUAUCUACUUCUCCAUGGAUACUAUCCUUUUCGAAGAUCAAUAUGACAAAACCGAAAUCUUCAUAUUCAACCUCGAUUCAAAACAGGUUCACCUACCGCACCGUUCUGUUUGCUCUUCCUUUCCCUGCUCUAGAUCCCGAUGGUUCUUGCCAUGUUUCAAACGAGAAUGAAUAAUUCUUCUUCGGUGCAUAUGAUUCUUAAUACAUAUUGAUUAUUGCAACAUUUGAUAUUAUAUUCUUGUGAGGGUUUUGGACUCACAUCUAUAAACACAAAACACAGAAAAGCUGUCUAUUCUCAAGUUAUUUAUCUCGUGACUAAAUUACUGACCCAGUUGCAGAGCUUUUAGCUCUUUCUAUUGAUUGUUUCGUUGAUGUUGUUGGAAUAAGCUUGAAGAAGAGAUAACUUAAAGAGGAAGUUAUCCUAAUCUACCAAGUUAUGGAAUUAGGAAAAGAAGUUUUAGGAGUUAUCUAGACUUGUAUUAUUUCCGAUUUAGAUUAGGAAGUUUGUUUUGUCUCUUCUCUAUAUAAGAGUUACCAAUGUUGUGGUUAACCUUGUGAGCUUUGAGUAAGAGACUGAGAGCUUAAGUUUCAAGUUAGUUUCUUA